AUGGCCGCCGGCGGCGGCGGUCAAGGGGACAUAUCCGGAGGCGAGUCGGAAGGCGAAGAGGAGACUAUCAUGCUCCGCGGCCGCAGCAAGAACCGGCAGGCUGUGGAGCUGAUAAUCAAGCAGGAGAUCUGCGCGCUCAAGAACGCGCGGCCGAAGAUCACGGCGGCGGGGAUCUGCCAGGUGUUGCGCGCGAAAUACGGUAACUCCACCGUGCGAGAGUCGCAGAUCCCGCGCAUCCUGCGCGACGAGCACAAGUGGGGCCGCGCGCCCGCGAACUUCAAGCGCGUGAGGCAGCCGCACAACGUGCGGCUGGAGGAGGCUCUGGCGGUGUGGGUGCGCGAUAUGAAGGCGCGAGGAGACUUCCGUGUGACGUGCGAUCGAAUCUUGGAGCAUGCGAAGGACAUUGGCCCAUCGCUGGGCGUUCCCGCAUCUUUUAGUUACAGCCGCGGGUGGAUCUCUCGCUUCCUCAGGCGCUGGGGUCUCACACGCAAGGCAGUGGAAGCAGCAAGGGAGGCCAACUUCAACCCCCUAGACCCCUCCUCGGGCCCCUCGCACGGCGGAGGGGGAGGCACCGACAGCGCCGCACACAUCAUCGACAGCAGGAGCCUGCUGGAGCUCGCAGACGAAACAGCUAGAUCUGGAGGAAGCCGCCCGCCGCGCAUCUGA